AUGAAGCCUCUUGCUGCAGUCGCCACGGCGCUGCAAGUCUUAUUGUCUGCCUGCUUGUCUCAGGCCCUCUCGACUGCAGAAAGUGAUUUCCCUCCGUUGCUCGACGCUACUCUCACUGAGCUGCGCUCCGGGUUGGACAACAACCACUUCACCAGUGUUGAUCUCGUACAUGCCUACAUUGACAGGAUCUCAGAAGUGAAUCCCGUCCUGAAGGCUGUUACUGAGAUCAACCCUGACGCGCUCUCGAUUGCCUUGCAACGUGACACGGAAAGGCAGGCGGGAAUAGACCCUGUCAAGCAGCCUCUCCACGGCAUACCAAUCCUCCUCAAAAACAACAUUGCCACAGACGAUGAGAUGAACAACACUGCUGGCUCGUAUGCACUGCUGGGAGCCAAAGUUCCCCAUGACAGCACCAUUGCCUCCAAACUACGCAAAGCGGGCGCCAUCAUCCUCGGUAAAGCCAAUCUUUCGCAAUGGGCUGCCUCCCGAGAGGUAGUCUUGCAUGAAGGCUGGUCGGCUCAUGGUGGCCAAGCAGUUGGCGCAUACUUUCCAAAGCAGAAUCCUAGAGGCUCAUCAUCGGGAAGUGCCAUUGCAGCCUCUCUCGGUCUCGCCUGGGCAGCUGUUGGAACAGACACGGGUGGAUCAAUCCUCAUGCCUGGCCAUGCGAACAACGUCGUCGGGUUCCGCCCCACGGUGGGACUAACUUCGAGAUAUCUGGUGAUUCCAUAUUCGCUAAGACAGGAUACCGUCGGUACCCUGACUCGGACGGUCAAGGACGCUGCGUAUCUCAUGCAAGCUAUGGCUGGGCCUGACAAGCGAGACAACUACACGGAUGCUAUCCCCUUUGACACGAUACCAGACUAUGUUGCAGCAUGUUCGAAUUCGGGCCUCAAAGGCAAGCGGCUCGGCGUGUCCCGCAACACAAUGGCGGUAGAUAUCGAUCCGUCAGCAAACACUGAUUCGGAGGCAUUUGAGAAAGCGCUGGAUGUGCUUCGCGCAGCUGGCGCAGAGAUCAUUGACAAUAUUGACUUGCCCUGCAAUAACAUCCCUACGGACCAAACCAAAGGGCGCAGAAGCGACCCAACGCCCAACAACACCUUCGCUGCCGCCAUGGCUGGUGUCUUUUCCAUCGUCGGGGCCGACUUUUUAUCCAAUUUGCCGGAAAAUUACCUCAGCCUUCUCAAAGAAAACCCCAACAACAUCACCUCAGUGAGCGAUCUGCGGGAUUUUACCAGAGACGAUCCUCAAGAGGGAUUCCCGCGGUUCGAUACCACGGCUUGGGACAGCUUCCUCAAAUUUCGCCUCAACAACACGGACCCGACUUAUUGGUCCAACGUUACUGCGACCACAGAACUUCUUGGACCGCUAUGCUUCACAGGAGCGCUGAAAAAGUACAGGCUGGACGCAAUGGUGCAUCCGACGCCGUAUUCAGUCUUGAUGGCAGCCGGUCUGGGACUUCCCGUCGUCAGUGUGCCGCUGGGUCGCGCUCCAGAUGAUUCUCCCGUUAUUCCAUCAGACAGAGGAAAUUUGAUCCUGUCGGCGCCCAACGGUCCAUUCGGCAUCGCCUUUUCCGGCCCGGCGUUUAGCGAAGAGAAGCUGUUUGCCAUGGCGUACGACUUUGAGCAGCGUACAAACGUGCGUGCGUCAAUCAAGCCGUUUAUUGUACCCAAGACUGAACUGGCGCAUGUUGUGCGGAAACGGUGCCUGCGGGAUCCAAGAGGUGCGUGUGGGAAGGAAUCUAAGUAA